AUGGCGUGCAGGCCGGCCGUGUCCGCCCCCUCCGCCCUCGCGCCGGCGCCACACCACCGCCUCGUCUUCGCCCGCAGCCGCGCCAGGGGAGGCGCUGCCCGCCCGCUCCGCUCCAGCUCCGCGGUGUCGCUCAGGCUCGGCGCGCGCCGCGCCCCGGCCGCCGCCUUCGUCGUCCGCGCGGCGGUUGCAGAGGGUGACGUGGAGCUCCAGGCCAAGGUAACCAGCAAAUGCUUCUUCGAGGUUGAGAUCGGCGGGGACCGCGUGGGCAAGGUGGUCAUCGGGCUCUUCGGCGAGGUCGUCCCCAAGACUGUCGACAACUUCCGCGCCUUGUGCACUGGCGACAAAGGGUAUGGAUACAAGGGCUGCUCCUUCCACCGAAUCAUCAAGGAUUUCAUGAUUCAGGGUGGGGAUUUCCAGGAAAACAACGGCACUGGUGGGAGGAGUAUUUAUGGUGAAUGCUUUGAUGAUGAAAACUUUACAUUAAAGCAUGUUGGCCCCGGUGUACUAAGCAUGGCCAAUGCGGGCCCUGACACAAACGGAAGCCAGUUUUUCAUUUGCACUGCGAAGACACCAUGGUUGGACGGCCGCCACGUCGUGUUUGGACAAGUCUUGGAGGGCAUGGACGUUGUGAAGGAGCUUGAAUCGCAAGAAACCAGCAGGUCCGAUACUCCUAAGCUGCCCUGCCGAAUUGUGGAUUGUGGUGAGCUGCCCUUGGACGGCUGAAAAGCUUAAUGGCUCAGUGCUCAGGGUCAAUAAUGGGGUUUUGCCCAGGACAUCCUCCUUCGUUUUUUGCGCGGUUUGAGAAAGGAUUACUUGAAUCUCCAACUAGCUAGUCAACUACAAGUACAGGAAUCUUAUGAGGCUCGUUUCACCAGUGUAACGUUGUUACAGGAAACUGAAAUAAUGCUCAUGUGUUUGAACAUGAUUUACUCUUUGUCUGCUAAUGAAAAUGGAAAGUCUUUUGUUA